AUGAACUUUUUUAAAUCUAAAUCGCCACCGGAACCAAAACCAGAUACCUUAAUCCCAGAAUAUAAUGCUAAUUUUCUAUCAAAAUUAACUUUCUGGUGGUCUGGAGACUUAAUAAAACUUGGUUAUCAAAGACCUUUGGAAAAGGAAGAUUUAUACACGUUAAACGAUGAACGUUUAACCAAAAAUGUUUGCGAUAGAUUUGAAAAAGAAUGGCAAAAGGAGCUAGAAAAAACAGGCAGUGAUAAAAAGCCUUCCUUAAUACGUGCAUUGAAUCGUACUUUUUUUUGGAAAUUUUGGAUUGCUGGUUUUUGUAGAUUUUUUGGUGAUAUGUUGCAAGUGACUUCUCCCUUAAUAAUACAGGAAAUUAUUAGUUAUGCAAGUAAAUCGUAUUAUAAUGCAGAGGGGCAAGAUUCAGCGGCAUACGGUUAUGGAUUAAUUAUAACACUCUUUGUUAUGCAAUUUGGUACAACUUUCCUUCAUAAUACGUUUUUUUUUCGUGCAAUGGAGACUGGAUUUUUUGUUAGAACUAGUUUGAUAGCCUCUAUUUAUCGUAAAGCUAUUGUAUUAAGUGGCAAAGCACGUAGUGAUUUUACAGCUGGUAAAAUCACAAAUUUAAUGUCCACUGACACAUUUAGAAUUGAUUUUGUAUGUGGCUAUUUUCAUGUUGCGUGGACUGCUCCUAUAAUGUUGGCUAUCGCUUUAGGUUUAUUGAUAAAAAAUCUUGGUCCUUCAGCCUUGGCUGGAUUUGGUUUAUUGAUUGUUAUGGGUCCUCUACAAGGUUAUAUUAUGAAAUCAUUGACUACGCUUCGUGCUAAAGCUGCAAAGGUCACUGAUGAACGUGUUAAGUUAACUCAAGAAGUUUUACAAGGCAUUAGAGUUAUUAAAUAUUAUGCAUGGGAAGAUAGUUUUUUGGAUGCUUUAAAUAAAUUGAGGAUCAAAGAGAUACGUUAUAUUAGACUAUUAUUAACUGUAAGAGCUGGUAUUAUGUCUGUGUCAUUGGUUGUUCCUGUUUUUGCCAGCAUGCUCGCGUUUAUUACUUACUCUUUGACUGGUGGAGUUCUUAAUGCUCCUAUAAUAUUUUCUUCAUUAGCUCUAUUCAAUGUAAUUCGUAUACCAUUAAUGUUUAUACCAAUGAUAAUGGCUUCGAUCGCUGACGCUUUAGUAGCGCUUUCUCGUAUUCAAAGUUUAUUGCUUGCUGAUGAAUUGGAUUCUUUACCAAAAAUUGUUGAAAGUAAUGACUUUGCGGUCAGAGUUACUGACGGUGAAUUUUUAUGGGAAACCGCACCCCCUCCAAAAGAUCCAGCAACAAAAAAAUCAGCAAAAAGAAAACUUAGAUUUAGCAGAAAAGUUAAAAGUAACAACAAUGGUGGUGAUAGUAAUGAUAAUGGAAAUAGUGAUAAUGGAAAAAAAAAUGAUGCAACACUUGUUGUUCUAAAUGACGAUGGCACAUCAAAUAAUAUUGAUCAAACACUCAAACCCUUAAUACCAAAAUCUCAUUUACGUAACAUUAAUUUAAAUAUAGCUAAAGGUAAAUUAGUUGGAGUAGUUGGAUCUGUUGGAUCUGGUAAAUCUUCAUUAUUAUCAGCAUUGGUUGGUGAAAUGAAAAAGGUUAAAGGUGAAACAGAAUUUUCCGGUAGUGUCGGGUAUUGUCCACAAACUGCAUGGAUACAAAAUGCCACACUAAGAGAUAAUAUAACAUUUGGCUUACCAUUUAAUGAAGAAAAAUAUAGAAGGGUUAUAAAGGAUUGUUGUCUUGAACCUGAUAUAGAAAUUUUGCCUGCGGGUGAUUUAACUGAAAUUGGUGAAAAGGGUAUAAAUUUAUCAGGUGGUCAAAAGCAACGAAUCAAUAUAGCAAGAGCUGUUUAUUUUGAUGCUGAUAUCAUAUUAUUGGAUGAUCCUUUGUCGGCUGUUGAUGCUCACGUUGGAAAAUCUUUAUUUGCUAAUUGUAUUCAGGGCGCAUUGACAAAUAAAACACGUAUAUUGGUUACACAUCAUUUACACAUUCUAACAAAUGUUGAUUAUGUUAUUGUUAUGAAAGAUGGAGAAAUUGUUGAACAAGGUACUUACGAUGAAUUGAUGAAGGCUAGCAAAAAUUUUGCUCAAUUAAUAGAAGAAUAUGGUGAAGCUGAUGAGGAAGAAAAGAUGGGUGUGUACUUUGCAUGGGGUAUAUCAACAGGAUUUUUUGGCUUAGUGAUGGGGGUUAGUUUUGCGAUUUCUGGUGCUGUGGCAGCAAAAAGAUUACAUAAUAGUGCACUUAAAAGAAUAUUAAGAGCUCCAACAAAAUUCUUUGAUACAACACCAUUAGGUAGAAUAAUUAACAGAUUCAGUAAAGAUAUGGAUACAGUUGAUAGUAUAUUACCAGAUGCUUAUAGGAUGAUGUUGUCUACAUUUUCAGUCGUGAUUGGAACAGCUACAAAUCGUGAAUUAAAACGUCUUGAUUCAAUAUUACGUUCAUCAUUAUAUGCGCAUUUUUCUGAAACACUUACUGGCUUACCAACUAUUCGUGCAUAUAGAGUACAAGAAAGAUUUAUAAGAACAAAUGAAAAAUAUACAGAUAUAGAAAACAGAGCAUAUUUCUUAACAAUAACAGUACAAAGAUGGUUAGGUCUUAGAUUGGAGGGAAUAGCAAAUGUUUUAAUCUUUUUUGCAAGUUUAUUUGCUAUCAUACAGAGACAUUCUACUGAUCCUGCAAUAACAGGUUUAGUAUUAAGUUACGCAUUACAAAUAAGUGGUACACUCAAUUGGUGUGUUAGACAAGCUUCAGAAGUUGAGGCCAAUAUGAACGCAGUAGAAAGAUUAGUUUAUUAUUCAAAUGAUUUAGAAGUAGAAGCUGAACCAACAAUCCCUGAUCAUAGACCACCUUCAGAAUGGCCUGAUAAAGGGCAAAUCGAAGUAAAAGAUUUGGUCGUUCAAUAUGGACCAGAUAAUCCACCUGUAUUAAAAAGUUGUGGAAAAUCAACACUUGCUACAUCAUUCUUUAGAUUUAUUGAACCUACGUCAGGUAAAAUAGAACUUGAUGGUAUAGAUAUUUCUACUAUUGGAUUGAAAGAUUUAAGAAGUAAAAUAACUAUAAUACCACAAGAUCCUGUAAUAUUUACUGGUACUUUAAGUAAUUUAGAUCCAUUUAAUGAGCAUGAAGAUUUAACAUUAUGGAAUGCAUUAAAAAGAGCACAUUUAAUUCAAGAGGAUUUAUCAUCACCAAAUUUAGAAAAUGAAAAACCAUCAGGUGUUGUUAUAGAUGAUGAACCAGAUUCAAUGACAAAAUCUGAAGCAGUAACAACAACAAUGGUUCCAGAAAAAGUAGUAGAUAUAAAAACAGUAAAUGUGCCAACAAAAGACAAUAAUAAUAAUAAACAAGAGUUAAAAUUGGAUACACCAGUACAAGAAGGUGGUUCUAAUUUUUCACAAGGACAACAACAAUUGAUAGCAUUAGCAAGAGCUUUAAUUAGACAAUCAAAAGUAAUUAUAAUGGAUGAAGCAACUGCAAGUGUAGAUUUUAGAACUGAUCAUCUCAUACAAACCACCAUAAGAGAAGAAUUUAAAGAUAGUACUAUUUUAACUAUUGCUCAUAGAUUAAGAACUGUUAUUGAUUUUGAUAAAAUUUUGGUUAUGGAUGCAGGAAACAUAAUGGAAUUUGAUUCUCCAUAUUUAUUAUUACAAAAUCCUAACUCUGCAUUUAGAAUAUGUUUGUUUAAAUGUGUAUGA